AAUAAGAUUCCAGCGGAGGUGGAGACGAGGAAGAGGGAGACCCAGCCAGCGAGGGAGGAGAGGAGGGUCGCGAGCGCUGCAGCCAUGGCGAAGCAAGGGGUGAAGAAGACGAGGGACGCGAACAAGAAGCAGAUGGACCUCCUCCUGCGCUUAAUCCUCGCCGCCAACGUUAUUUACAUAGUAGUGAGAAUGGCUGUAAUGCAUUCAUCUUUCACUUGGAAGCAUUGGAUUGGUCUUGUGGUGACAUCUGCUGCGUAUUUUCUACCCUACAAGCAACUUGCCAAUAUGUCAGAGCCAGUGUACUCUGAUAAAGGAGAGUUAAUUAAUGCUGGUUAUGACUUGAAUGCUGGUGGAAUGUCCGAAUAUUUGCAAGAUGUGAUAUACAUAACACUCUUUGUGCAGUUGAUGUCUAUUUAUUCUGACAAAUUUUGGUGGACAUAUAUGGUGAUUCCGGCUUAUGGUGGAUACAAGAUUUCUGGUCUGCUAAAAGGAGCAUUUUUCGGCGGUAGUUCAGAGGGCGAGGAUGAGGAUGAGAAGACCCGAAAGAAAAGAGAGAAGAUGGAGAAGAAGGCAUCUAGGGGAAAGAUUAUCAAAACCAGGACUCGUUGAUGGCACAUAGAGCGUAUUGUUUGAAGGGUAGGUUUGCUUUUUCAUGGCUGUCCAACUGAAAUGCAGGCUGUUGGGCAGUAUUGUAUCAUGAAUAUUCGAUCAUUUGCUCCCAACAGCUUAGCAAUAUGUAGCACAAAUACCAACUAAUCCUCCUAAAUUAUGGAUACCGCCUUAUCAAUGAAGCAUCUCUCUUUCUG